UUUUUUAAAAGACGAACAGUUUUGUUAUUAAGCAAUUUACUUGAAUUAAAUUAAAUCAUUCUGGAUUAUUUUGUGCUUGUGUUCGUGACUUACAAGAUGAAACCCGCGCUGGGCGUGGUGAUCCUUGCACUGUUAUUUCCUUCAUUUGGAAAUGCUUUGGUGGACAAUGGUUUGCUUUCUUUAAUAACCUCGGAUGGAAAAAGACCUGGUCGAUGCACCUAUCAUCGAGUUUUCAGACUACCAGGAGUCGAUUGUUCUAGAAAAGAACUUCAGCAGAUUCCUGCUACUCUGGAUUCCGACACCGAGGUGAUGGAUGCCUCGUACAAUAGGAUACGAGAACUACGGAGCGACACUUUCGCUCCAUACUCUAGGAUGAAGUACUUAUAUUUAGGUGAUAAUAUGAUUCAAACAAUCGAAGCAGGUGCCUUCGACACGAUGCCGAAUUUAGAGGCACUGGAUUUGUCGAUAAAUUCCAUAUUCACAGUUCCUAUGCAAAUAUUUCAAUUGCCAUCGCUGAAGAAUCUUUAUCUGCAGCAUAACAACUUGCGAACAUUAAGACAAGAUUUGAAGGAUCUUCAAAAACCGAUCAGAGCUCCACUUCAGCGCAUUAAUUUGGCGUAUUGCCGCUUGCAGUUGUUACCGGAUUUAGGAAUUCUUCCUGAUCUGACAGAGUUUAAUAUAUCAGGAAAUCCUCUAUUGUCCUUAUUACCUGUCGAUAUAGCUCCCAGUUGUUCCUUAAAAUCUUUGGACAUGACUGAAAUAAACGUCGAUUACUGCAGCUGCUUAUUAUUAGAAAAAUGGUUUAAUAAUCAUGUACCAAAUGUACUACAUAGUAAAGAUGAUCUAUGUACAGCACCACCAAGAGGUUACACAUACUGUGCUGAAGAUAUAAAAUUAAACGAAACAAACGUUCUAUAUGAUACUUGUCAAGAGAUGAUUUUGCAUCGAAAACUGGAAUACAAUGCCAAAAUGAUCUGGAUCAUAGUAGCUUCAACAAUUGCUGCCGUACUUCUUACUUUAGGAUGUGUCUUGUACGCUUUACACAAACGUAAUUCAAGGAAACGACACAGGACUCUUAAAACAAACCAGUUGAAUAAUGGAAAUUUAGAGGCAUUAUUAAACAAAUAGUGUCGUGUUUAUGAUAAAUAAAGACUGAUUAUUAAAUCGAGUAUUUAAAUAUCAGGUUAAUUUAUAACUUGCCAAAGAUUUGUGCCAUUAGUCCUGCUUCAACAAAUUAAAUGC